UGUUUGUGUGCUUGUUACUAUGGAAACUGAAGUAACACAAACAACAUUGAUAAAUUGACAAAAUCAAAUCGACAAAGUGAAUUUAAUAAAAAUAGCGUUGUGUUUAGUUCGUAGCAUUUUGUUACAAACUAGCAAAGCAAUAUGACGGAGCAAAUAAAGUUCAUAGUAAAGGAAUUGAAUUCUAACUUGGGCAGGAACUACGACUUGAUCAAGUUCGACUCUUUGAACGAGAAACAACUCCUGCAACUUUUAGUGGACUUGCUGGUUAAUUUCAAUGCAGGAGAAAAGUUGGACAUAAAUGAAGACGAUUCCGAGACGGUCUCGGUGCGUCUUUUGGAAAUGCUGGGCAGCGUGAAGUAUCGGCCACCAGCGAGCGUAGAGCCGCCGCGUUUCAGGGCGCAACUCUUAGCUGGUGAUGCCAGAACUAUCCACCAUGUGCUGCACUGGCUGCUGACAAACAAGGAACAAGUGAAGAAUACUGCUUACCUCGCCAAGUAUCUGAAGAUUCCUGACAUCCCUACUGAUGUGGCGCAGAAUAAUACUAUCCAGGACAUGUUGGAUUUGUAUCAUAACCUUAUGGAUGAGUUCAAGGAGGUCCACAAAAGAACGAGGUUACUACAAAAGGAAAACUCGUCUGAAAUUAUUAAUGACAUAAAAGAAAUGGCGGUCGAGAGAGAUAUUGUUAUUAAGAGAUUAGAAAACGUGCAAGUGAACUUAGUCGAUAUAAGCAAUAAGGACGAACUACUCAACACAAGCAGAAGUUUAAGAAUGCAGCAGGAAAAAACAAAGGAACUGGAAAAUCAGUAUGAAACCCAGCAAUCACAGUUAAAAAUUGCAUCAGAUCAGCUAAAAAGAUAUCUGAACGUAAUCCACGGACAGAGCGCGGCUCCGAAGACAGUUAAUGACGUCAUUAAGCAUUUGAAAGAGGAGGUUCAGUUAAAUAGUUACCUUGUAAAGGAAAAAUUGCCACAGGAAACUGGCAACCUUCAGAAAGAACUGAGCAUUAUGCAGAACAUUGCCACGGAGAAACAUCUCACUCGGUCCGACUUAGUGUUAGUGCAAGACAAGAUAGCAGUAGUGAACGGUGAAUUGGAGCAGCUGGUGCAGCGCCGCCUGGCUUCCAGCGGCCCCCAGGAAGACAAGCUGGCGCCGUUCAGGCAACAAGCAGCCGUGAUCCGACGCAAUAAGGACGCGAGUGCUGCGCGGGUGCACGAGCUGGCUGCUAGCUUGAAGGAGUAUGAGGCUACACUGGCAGAUCUGCAGUCGCAGGUGAGGCAGUUACUCGGCGAUACGGUGCUUCGUGGAGAAGAAUUGAAGAAAUACGUCAAUUCACUGCGCACCAAGAGCACAGUGUACAAAAGGCAACGAGCCAAUCUUUCUACGUUCAAGGUUGAGACGGGGAUUUUAACGAGAACCCUAAACAUAAUUAGCGCAGCCGAUCCAACUGUCGAAAUGGCACUGGUGAAUCACAAAAAGUUAAAAAUUGACGAUGAUGAAGCGAUGGAAAAGGACCAAAAUAAAACGGAUGAUUUGGCCAAGAAAUCAUUGCAUGACUUGUCGCAGCUGGUAGCGCAAACUGCCCAAAAGCUGUCACAGGUCCGUCAGGAGAUUCAACCGUUGGCAGACAAAAUAAAACCCAUAAAAGAAGAAUUUCAAACUGUACAACAACAGUAUGAACAGAAGAAACGAGUAUACGAAGCGACGUCGAUAAACAUAACUUCGCAAAUGGAACCACUUAAAAACAAAGUAAAAGAGUUGACCGACCAAUUGAACAGUAAAGAGGACGAAUGGAAAAACUUACGGCAAAAAAUAACAAAAGCGGAGAGUCUACAAGAAGUUGUAAUGCUUGAAAUGAAAAAUUCAAUGCAAUCGCCGCGAAAACCAUCCAGAAUUGAAGCGCUGAAGAAAAAAGUGGCUGAUAUGGAACAAAUAGUAAAGAAUUUGGAAGAGGAACAACGAGCGAUAAGUUCCCGCCAGGGCGUGGUGGAGGAGCAAACCAAGCUGUGGGAGAACACUCUGCAGCUGCUUCGCUGCAAGAUGCGCGCGCGCACCGAGCCCGCCGCGCGGCAAGGACACAUGCACAUCACUCAGCAUUCACAAAUGCUCACGCUUACCUAAACUCUACAUUAUUACAUAGGUACUAAGGUCCGUAUUACGAAACAAGGUUCAGAACUCGAUUCUAUAUCAGUCGUAGAUUCUGCCUUAAGAUUGGUGAUAUCUUGAAAUUAAACCAAUUAAAAGCCUCAAUCUAUUUAUUGAUAUGAAUCUAGUUUUCAGCUUCCUUCUGCUGUAAUAAGUACAUUAGAAAAGCGUAAUAAGAAACUUCGUAAGUAGUCGGCACUAUUCUUCACUAAUGAUUAACGCCAUCUAUCAAUACAUUAUCCUCAUCAUUA